AUGAAUGCAAAGCACGAUAAGUACUCACCAAGAGAGCUCCGACACCUCGAGUUCAUUUCUCAGUUCACUUCAGACAUUAGAUUCAUCAAGGGACAUAAAAACGAGGUAACAGAUGCGUUAUCCCGCAUCCAUAUAAAUACUUUAGAAAAAGAUCAGUUUGACCUUAAAAAGAUGGCUAAACUGCAAACUAUGGACGAGGAUCUGAAAAGACUAAAAAAUAGCACGAGUACUUCUUUACGUUUGCAAGAUGUUAUGCUUGAUGAAAGCCUAACUAUUACGUGUGAUGUUUCCAAAAGAAAACCGCGUCCUUUUGUCCCAUUAGAAAUGCGGAGAUUAGUUUUCUCCAAAAUACACGGCAUUUCUCACCCUGGUAUCCGAGCGACAGUUAGACUGAUAAGUGACCGAUAUAUAUGGCCGAACAUGAAUCACGAGAUUAAACAGUGGACCAGAGCAUGCCUAGCUUGCCAAAAGUCAAACGUAUUACGACAUACAGUUUCACCUAAUGGCCAGUUUCCAGAGCUUGAUGGUAGAUUCCAACACAUACACAUCGACAUCGUUGGGUGUUACCGUCAUCUAACGGUUUUACUUAUAUCUUAA